ACUUAGGCAACUUUGCUUUUUAUUACCGAAAGGCUGUUAUUUGGUUGCGUCUUUUUCACUCUGUAGAUUCACUGGGUCCUUCUCGAGGUGGGAACUAUCCGAAUUUCUCAGCAGCAUAACGAUCUAAUUCCAGCACGUUUUUCAGUGACUUUGCACAGUGGGCAGAACUUUGUUGAACUCAGCAACUUCCAACGAAUUAAACAACUUGCCUCUUUUUUGCAGCCAGUAACGUAAUGGUAGCGUACCGAUAGUUAUUUUAGAUGGAUAAAGCUAACUGGCUGCAGAGUAGCUUAGAGUUUAUUUCAUAGCAUAAUGUGUGCAGCAGGCAGCACCAAGGAGGAAACCGAGACGUUUUUUGAGUCAUCCCCCAUGCCACGCAGCCCCCGCUGCAAAAGCACAGUGGGCUUCCUCCUGCCCUGGCUUCUUUUCACGAGCGGCAGCAAACCACCUGAAUUCAUCUGCAUAUUCACAUGAUCGCAAAUAGGAAACAGCCGGCGGCCUGGCGGCAGUUGCUUAAGUACCCUUCACCUAUAAGGAAAAGCAGUAAGUGUGGACGUCUGUGCAAGUGCGAGACCAUCAUGGUGGCGUUCAAAGGAGUCUGGACUCAACCCUUCUGGAAAGCUGUCUCAGCAGAGUUCUUGGCCAUGCUAAUUUUUGUCCUCCUCAGCCUUGGCUCUACAAUCAACUGGGGUGGAUCUGAGAAGCCCCUGCCUGUUGACAUGGUCCUUAUCUCUCUCUGCUUUGGACUCAGCAUUGCCACCAUGGUGCAGUGUUUCGGACACAUUAGCGGAGGCCACAUUAACCCUGCGGUGACUGUUGCGAUGGUCUGCACAAGGAAGAUCAGCCUUGCCAAGUCCGUCUUCUAUAUUGUCGCCCAGUGCCUGGGAGCCAUUGUGGGGGCAGGCAUCCUCUACCUUGUCACGCCACCCAGUGUGGUGGGUGGUUUGGGAGUCACGAUGGUACAUGAUGAUCUUUCCGCUGGCCACGGACUCCUGGUGGAGUUGAUAAUUACAUUCCAGCUGGUUUUCACUAUUUUUGCCAGCUGUGAUUCAAAACGAAGUGAUGUCACUGGUUCAGUAGCUUUAGCAAUUGGAUUUUCUGUUGCAAUUGGACAUUUAUUUGCUAUCAAUUACACUGGUGCCAGUAUGAACCCUGCUCGAUCAUUUGGACCUGCUGUCAUCAUGGGGAAAUGGGAAAACCAAUGGGUAUAUUGGGUAGGACCAAUAAUUGGAGCAGUCCUUGCUGGUGCUCUUUAUGAAUAUGUCUACUGCCCAGAUGUUGAACUCAAACGCCGUUUUAAAGAUGCCUUCAGCAAGGCCACUCAGCCAUCCAAAGGGAAAUACAUAGAGGUGGAGGAUAACAAGAGCCAUGUAGAGACCGAUGACCUGAUCCUGAAGCCUGGUGGUGUUCAUGUGAUUGAUAUAGACAGGGGUGAAGACAAGAAGGCAAGAGAUCCAUCCAGCGAGGUAUUGUCUUCUGUAUGACUAGCAAGGAGCACUGAAAGCAGAGAGCAGCCUGAUAGCGUGUCCACAGAUAUCCUUCCACCUAUUAAAGAAACAGAUCUCCUGUAAACUGAUCAUCUACCAUUUCUUAAAAGGUGUGGCGCAGGCAGCAGCGUGGUAGUGGCAUCACCAAACUAUACCACUCACAAGGAAUAAUAGAACUCUACCAGAAUUAGGAUUCCCCCUAUAUUAUUUCAAAUUAAGUGACAUCCCUGCUCUCUUCCUCUCCUUCUUUAUGGAACAACCCCAAAGUCAAAAAAAAAAGAGGUGAAAGCAUUCUUCUUUAAUAAAUCAGUCAAUAAUGAGAUGAAGAUGGAGAUGUUUAACAUUCAAAUUGACAGUUAAGACGUAUUGGAAAAUGCCUAUAGACAUGGAAACCUACUUAUCAGAUUGUUCUUCUGACACUUAAUUGGCUGUUGUCAACUCUGAUUAGAACAUCUUGUCCAUUAAGCAUUCUUUGCUAGGUCCAGGGACAACAUCAAUGGUAUUUAAGACUUUUAUCCAAAGUCAAGCAAAGGAAUGUUGUUUCCAUUUGCAUACAUCAUUAUUGCCUUGCAAACUACCUCUGAAAAAUACUUUUUUCAGGUUUUAAAAAUCUAUAGCCCCGUCAAAUUUUGUUUAUACUGCAAACCAAUGAACAUAUUACCUUCAUAUCUUCCCGGGAGUAAAUACACUGAAACUGAAAAUUAAAACCUACUAUAAUAAGGCUGCAAAGCAUUUGGCUGUUCUUCAUGAUAGCUCAUGUCACUGUCUAUCUGGUGAAACAUUCUCCUGAGGUUUGACUAUUGACCAUUUAGUGCUAGCAGGCUCUCAAGGUCAUGCAGAGAAUAUGAAGGCUCUCCUGUUACUUAAUAACUUGAGAUAUCAGAAGAAAAGAAGGUAUAUCUGUUUUCAGUGCACUUGUUCAAAUAAACAUUUCUGUGCCAAUUUAUGUAAACUAAAGGUUUAAAUUACUUAUCUACUUUCUUACAAGAUGGUGGGAGAUAUGGGAUUUUUAAUUUAUUAGUAAUGUAGAGGGUUUUUUAACUUUUAAUUGUAUUGAAACACUGAUUGGGAUUUUUCUUAUAACAGAUGAUAAAAAAUAUGACUGCUUCUGGCUUUUUGUCAUAGUUGAUCUCUAACUAGCUGAACAGGAUCCAUGCUUGUUGCACUGUUCCUAUAGCCUUAAUUAUUAUCUCUGGCAAAGCUUUUUUAAUCCAUUGUUAGGAAGAAAUGCAAGCACUUGCAAGGUUUUUUAGGGGGGAAAAGGAACGAAAUAUGAUCAGCAAUCAGUCUUUCCCUUACAGAAGUAUUUCGCUAGACAUAACCCACCCAAGAAAACAUUUCUAUAAAGCUGUUACUGACUCUGUUACUGGCUUUCGUUUCAAUCAGUGGUUUUAAGUUUUCCAGUAUGCAGCUGCAGAGGCAGUCAAUAGCCUCAUUACUGUAAUUGUAUAGAUUUUAUUUUAAAAAGAAAGUCUAUUCCUGCCUACUUACCAAUAAGGGGACAGGGGGAAGCAUGGGUCCUGACUGUGGCCUGUAAUUGACUUAUCUGCUCUUUGACGUUACUCUACACACAAUCUCUAUUGGAGGGAAUUAGGUGUCUCUAAUGAGGAGAUAAUAAAGCACUGCUAAACUCCAAUUUUUGCACUAUGAUCCAAGGGCAGUUCUGUUAUCCCAGCUCCUAGCACUGGAUAGUUGUAGAGCGUAUCCUGUUAUAUUCAUUUUCCUGGUGUCAAUUUUCUUGUAUUAAAAGCCUCACUCACACAGCCUCCCUGCCCUGAGUGUGAGAUUCAGGACUCUGCCAGGUGCUUUGUUUGCCCACAAUCUUCCUUCUCCCCACAGCUCUGGCUCUAUAGGCUGAGCACCACCUGUGGCACACAUAGGCAUGGGACUAGGCUUCCCUGAGUGGUUGCACGGCACGUGCCUCAUGUGGGUGUGGGACUGGGCUCCUCUGAGUGGCUGAACAGCAUGUUGCAAACUUGUACUUUCCAGAGCAACCCAAUCUGGCCCUGUCCCCAGUCACACUAUCCCUCUCCCAGCACUUGAGCUAUCCCACCAGCCCCAUCUCAUACUGUUGAGGCAUCGCAGUAGUGGCUACCUGUGGAUUCUGGUAAAGCAGCUCAGUGUUUAUCCUUAGCUGUACGCCUUACACAGCAGCAGCAUUGCUAGGGCAUGAGCAUGGUUAGGGGCCUUCAAGACACCAUUUCAAAUGGCAGGUAAGAGGUCCUUCCUACAGCAAGGAGUAAGUCUGCUGUGGGGAGGGCAGUACAGAUGUGUUUAAACCCCCACAUGGUCCUUCUUGGAUGGGUAAAUUUCAGGCUAAACAAAUUCAAGGAGAAAGUACAGAACUUGUGCAUUUUUUUUCCUUUAGGAAUCUGCCUUUUUUCCUGCUCAAAUGCCCUAUUUGUUAAAGGGGCACUUUGUCUGUUGAAGCCAUGCGAAAGGUUUAUCAAAGUAAAGAGUAAUGCACAUAGAGCCCUGGUGGAUUGUUCAGAAGUUUUGCAUUUUGAUAUUUAAAAACAUUCCUUAGAAGCUCAUAAUUUGUGAAUUUUGCAUGGUAUUAUUUAAAAAAGCUGUGACUUGUUUUGUGCUUAAGGGUCCUUUUACACAAAUGGCGUGAUGCAUAUUUUCUUCACCCUGCUCAAUUCUACUGCUGAGAUGAGCAUAACACUAGUAUAAUAUUAGCUAAGUCAGGAGACUUUUUUCUUUUUAUUCUUCAUUAAUGAGUUGUGGUAAACUCUCAGAACCGGUCCCAGGAGAACUCCUCACAGAAGGAGAGUAUCGGAGAUAAGGUACAGGCUGCUGAGCAAAGAUCAGGGGAAAGAGGGGAAGCCAAAAUAAACAGGAUAUUCAUCAGUAAAGGAUGUUCUCUGUAGACAUAAGCAGGAAGACGAGAUAUGGUAGGUCUGCUCCUGCUCCCACUGAAGAGAACUCAUGGAAAAGUUUCUUUAACUAGAGUGGAAAUGAUCUUGGGCUACUUCAGGACCUGAUGGCUCCUCUCAUACGCUUCACUGUGGUUUUUACAAAAAGUGGAGCCUUUGGGCAAGAUUUUUAAAUCUAGAAGGAGAUUCAUUCGACUUGAGUUUUAUGACCCACCCUAAAGUAAAUUCCUAGUGAUAGUUGUCACCACUGUCGCUUCUACCCUAUCACAAGAGAUCACCACUAAUGGCAGGGAAUACCACACUUUAGCGUGCCUCAGGGCUUGAUUCAGCUUUAACCUGCAGGGUAUGUUGUUCUCCAAGUUGUUUUCCAGUGGUAUCAUCAGCAUAAAAUAAUUACAUUUGGUUAAAUAAUAGACCAGUGUGACUUUUUCAUGGCCUGCAAGUACUUUUGCCUUAAUAUAAUUUUAAAAUAUAUAUUUUAAUACUGUUUGAGUUAGAUUUAGAGCCUUCAGCUCUAAAUUGCAGCUAGUAAUAUAACUUGAUGUUUUCUUAAAGUAUUUAUUAGUGGGAAAUGGCAAAUGUCUUUGUUUAGAUACAUUGGUGGAUAUCUCAGUAAGGAUGCCAGGCAUGUUGUCAUAAUUCUAGGGACCUAAAAUAUAAAAGGUGGAUGCAUCUUGCUCCUCCAUGAAGGCAGGACUGUUUCCAAUACUUUUUUUUACAUUCUAACAAAUAGGUUCAAAAUAUAUAAUCACUAGACUUCAGAAGAGAAAGGAUGAAAUCUGAAGGUGGGUUACAUUGAGGUACACAAAUACCUUUCAGGUUGUAUGGACACUGAGGAGUCAAAUUCUAACUACUCAGGGAGAGGAGGGAGUUCCCCACAGCAUCUGAGGUAUCAUAAUCCUUUUCCUAUUAAAGUACUGGGAGCUGUAUCUUUCAUUCAUUCAGUGGAAGCAGGAGUGAAACACUGCAUAGCACAUACAAUGCUUAUUUUUUUCAUCUGUGUUAGUACAUGAGCUGUUUGAAAUAUGUUUUAUUUCUAUUAAUAGUUAAGCACAGUUGCUAGUUAAAAAGCUAGACAGUCUUCAAAUAAGAUUUUUGUCUUUCUAGUACUUGGUUACGGAGCAGUUGCUGUUGUGCUCUGCAACAUUUUGUCUGCAGCCUAUGCUAACCCAUGUUAACAAAAUGUUUUAUACCAUCCAAUAUUUAUAAACUAAAUAGAAUAUGUGAGAAUUUACAUUGUGAACCUUUCUUUCCAAGAUGGAUGAGGGAAACACCAUACAAAAUUUUUUGUAUCUCAAAUCAACCUGUGUGUAUCUGAAUUUCUUGAGGACUUUGUUAAGCAGGCAUUAUGCAUAUAUAGACUGAAGUAUUUGUUACACACUUAUAUGAUCUAAGCCAUAGUGAUGCGAUCUCUGUAAUUUAGGACAAAUGGGUUAAAGCAAGCUAAAUGUGUGGAUUUUUC